AUGGGUUCAAUAACAAACUCAGCCACGUCGACAGGUCCAGUCCCAGGGCUGUUAUGGGUCACCACCAGCGUCCAGAAAAAGGACCUACCCGCCUCGCUGCUUGACGCGUGGUACGAAGAGCACAUGGGCGACGUCCUGGCAUGUCCCGGCAACGGUGGACUUUUUCUGCGUUAUAAAAACAUUGAUCCGACCGCCGACGCAUACGUCGAUCCCAAAUUCGCAGAGCGCGGCACACCAGAAGCAUCUGAAAAGUGCAUUGGCGAGACACUAUGGCCUUACCUCGCCCUGGUGAAGCUGAGCGAUCUAGCCUGGCUGACCAGCAAGCAAUUCGACGACAUGCCCAGAACUUCCAAGUUGUUGCCUCUUGAGGCGGACGGGUCGACUGGGAGUGCGUUCAGCUGCUGGUGGGGAGCACUGCGAAGUUACGAAACUGUGGGCAAGAUUGACGACACCACUGGAAGCACCAGCCGGCCCAAAUACUUGCUUAGUGUACAGACGAGAACUGCAGAUGAAUCGAUUUGGAAGGCCUUGGAUGACAAGUACACGACGCAGCCAGGGUUUCGAGGAUCAAUCAAAUAUCGCAUCGUACAGGGGCUGUUGGAAUUCGGAGAACCGGGCACGAUGCCAGCCGGAAUGUCUCUGUAUCAUUUUGACGGGGAAGCACCUCCCUCUGUGUUCACGGAUGGCCAUGUUGUGAGGACUGAUGUGUGGGAGCUGACAAAGGAGGCGGGUGAUCUGUCGCUUCGUUUGUAG